AUGGUGGACAUCCCCACUGCUCCCGCUCCCAAGGCCGACAACGGUCCUCAGCGCGGCGAGCCUGGCUACCUCGACUCCAUGCCCGACCGUGGCGCCCGCGACUUUGGCGGCGUCCCCAACUUCCGCGAAGAACUCCCCCUCCCCACCCAGCCCCCCUACACUGCGCACAUCGGCAACCUCUCUUUCGAGCCCGACGCGGAGGAGCAAGUGAAGGGAUUCUUUGCCGACCUCAUGCCCGUCAGCAUCAGGAUCAUCAAGGAUCCCACCGGCAAGCCCAAGGGUUAUGGUUAUGUCGAGUUCAAGACUAUUGAGGGUUUGAAGAAUGGGUUGGACAGGAAGGGAGAGAUGUUGCAGGGCCGAGAGAUUAGGAUCAGCGUCGCUGAACCUCCUACCAACCCCCGAGCGCCUCCUUCCCAGGCCGAGGAAGCCUCCCAAUGGCGCCGAAGCACCCCCCUCCCCUCUCGCGAAUCCUCUUCCGCCCCCGCCCGCCGAGACGGCCCCGCCCCCGGCCCCUCUUCCGACCUCGACUGGUCCACCGCCCGCGGCUCCCGCUUCACCCCCGCCCCUCCUUCCCAGUUCAUGGACCGUGAGCUCUCUGGCGCCGGCAGGCCCCGCGAGAUGCGUGAGAAUGCUGGUGUGAGCGACUCUGCCGACAAGUGGAGGAGUUCCAAGCCAUUGGCGGAUAUCAAGGCUGCUGGCCGUGAUGCCCCUCCUCACCAGGCUGGUGCGCCUGCGGGCCCUACCAGCCCUAGUGCGGCCGAGACGGAGACUACGUGGACGAGGGGAAGCAAGCUCAAGACGCCUGCUUCUACCAACCCCCCUACGAGACAGGGUUCCGUCGACUCUUCUCCCCGCUCGCCUCCUCCUGCUCCUGCCGCCCCCGCCGAGCGCAGAAAGCUCGCGCUCAAACCCCGUUCCGCCGCUUCCCCCCCUGCUUCCACCGACGCCCCCGCGAGCGCUGCUGGUAUCUUUGGUAACGCCAAGCCUGUCGACUCUGCCGCUAGGGAAAAGAUUGCAGAGGACAAGAUGAAGGCGAGGGAGGAGGAGCGCAAGAAGGCGCAAGAGGCGGAGAAGGCGCAGUUGAGGGAAGCGGAGGAGAGGGGAAAGAGGUAUCAGGAGGAAAAGCUGCGUUCGAUCCGACAGGCUCAGGAGAGUGUGGGUGGACGACCUGCGGCGCCUGCCGGAAAGGGUCCCGCCAGGAAGCCUUCGGCGGACAAGCCCAAGAAGGAUGAGCAAGGGUUUGAGCAGGUGUCUGGUAAGGGCAAGGCGUCGGACAAGGCCGACAACAAGCCCAAGAAGGACUACUCUACGAGGCCGGCGUUUAGCUUUGCCGCUGCUGCCGGUGCGUUGAAGAGCGAGACCAAGGACGAGGAGAGCCUGUCAAAGGACCUUGAGGAUGUCAAGAUCUAA